AUGUCCCUCGCAUCCCAGGAAAUGCCGAACUCCAAGACCACCCAGAAGCGGCGGGGCUCCACGGACGGCUCGGGGGCCCACGGGCCUGCGCAGAAGGCGCAGCGCACUGCGGAGAAGUCGGCUGCAGGCAGCAGCGGCAGCAGCAGCAACGCGGGCAGCAGCAGCAGCGCGCUGCAGCAGCUCGCGCGGCUCUCCACGAUUGUUGCAGACUCUGCAGACUUCGAAGCCAUCAAGGAAUUCAGCCCCACAGACGCAACUACCAACCCCACCCUCGUGCUGCAGGCCGUCAGCAACUCCAAAUAUAAAAAUCUUUUCCAAAAAGCCAUCAACGAGGCCCAGGAGGCCUCCAAGGGCAAGGACCUCGAGGCUACAGUGGAAGAGGCCGUGGACCGCGUGCUUGUGGGGUUUGGAAUGGAACUUUUGGAAAUCAUUCCCGGACUUGUCAGCACUGAAAUCCCCGCAGAGCUUUCUUUCGACACGGAAGGGUCUGUGGCUCGUGCGCGGCGAAUAAUAGAACUGUACAAGUCGAAGGGAAUUUCCAAAGACCGAAUUUUAAUAAAAGUGGCAGCAACCUGGGAAGGCAUUCAAGCGGCCAAGCAGCUCAAGGAAGAAGGCAUCAACUGCAACAUCACUUUGCUCUUCAGCCUCUGCCAGGCGGUGGCCGCGAGCGAGGCGGGGGCGUUUCUCGUGUCGCCGUUCGUGGGGCGAAUUCUGGAUUGGCACAAAAAGGCGAAUCCGGAAAAAGAUUUUGCUGCUGCUGAAGACCCCGGCGUGAAGAGUGUCUCCCAAAUCUACAACUACUUCAAACACUUCGCCAGCAAGACGGUGGUGAUGGCGGCCUCCUUCAGGAACACCGAUGAAAUCCUGCAGCUGGCGGGCUGCGACAAGCUGACGAUCUCGCCGAAGCUGCUGCAGCAGCUGCAGCAAAUGGGCGGGGAGGUGAGCGCGAAGCUGUCUGUACAGUCCGCGAAGAAGCAGCAAAUUGCAAAGUUGCAUUUGGACGAAAAGACUUUUCGCUGGAUGUUGAAUGAAGACGCAAUGGCCACGGAGAAGCUGGCCGAAGGCAUUCGCAACUUUGCUGCAGACAUGAACAAGUUGAAGGACCUCAUCCGCCAGCAGCUGCAGUGA